AUGCAAAAUAUCAUGAAAGAGACGGCAACAUUGGAAGAACUCUCAGAUUUGCUUAAAUAUGCCGACGACUCAGAUAUUGUAGACGAUAAACAGAACAAUAAAAAGAUCACAUCGCAGUCUAAAAUAAUCAAUAACAACAACAAUAAUAACAUUGUGAACGGCAACAAAACCAAUUACACAAAUAACGGGUCGAAUGUUUCGAUCAGUGGGUUGUCGAAUGUCGCCAGCUCGGGCUACCAGAGCAUCGCCACCUACAGCCAAAGCAGCAGCCCCAUAGAGAAUACUACGCAUCAUCAUCAGCCCAAAAACGACAAGUUCUAUCCGAAGAGUCCAGUGCAACAGAAAAUCGAAUACGACAUACAAAAGUAUGGAAUUCAAAACUUCACCACCGCCGACAACGUACAAAGCAACACUAACGCCAACUCCAAAAUAGCGCCGCUUGUGUUUACCAACCCGGUCUACAACAUGGAGGACGGUCGACAGGCACAAGAGAAGAACGCAAACAAUGAUAACAGGAACUCCAAGCGCUGCCCCUGUGGCUCGUCCAGUUCAUCGAUAGAUGAGGAGGGUUUGAGCACGGACAACGUGGAGACCAACUCGGAGGAGGGUUCCACUAACUUCAACGACGACGGAAGGAACUUUGACCAACAGAACCGCAACAAUACCCACCGAAAGCUCACCAGAGAUAAUUGUACCUACGAAGACUCGUAUCAGAGAAACCACAGCCAUUCCCCUAGAAUAAGAGACGAUGAGUCGUCCAGUAAUUCGCCUAGCUUACGGAAAAAUAGCAAAACUCGUAUGCCGCGUACGAAUCCGAUGCUGUCUUACUCGACGAAUCAGAACCAAUUAAACUUGAAGCACUUUGGUCAGCGCG